AUGGUUUCACCUACAUCCAGUUCUCAAACCUCUUCUCCUUCCUCUUCUUCCAUGGCUAAUCUUCUAGUUACACCUUCGGUUAAGCAUUCUGUUGUCUCUGUUUCCAAUAUCAAAAAUUUGAGUCCUACCACUCUUGAUUAUAAAAACUAUAUGCUUUGGAGAGAAUUAUUUCUUCCUGUGUUUAAAGGACAUGGUGUCUAUGGCUUCAUUGAUGGAAGUUAUCCAUGUCCGGAGUCAACUCUUACCAUGGACGAUGGAACUUCUGUUACUAAUCCAGCUUUUCAACAAUGGGCAAUUAUCCGUCCUAACCAAAGUCUUACUGCUCGUGAGGCGUGGCUACAAAUUGAACGUCUUUUCCAUGAUCAUGUUAGUUCCCGAACUCUUGAACUUAAGGUUCAAUUUCAUAACCUUAAGAAAGGUUCCCUUUCUAUUGCUGAUUAUGUGCAUCGCCUCAAAUCCAUUGCGGAUGCCUUGACAUCAAUUGGUAAUCCUAUUUCUGAUUCUGAUCUUGUUCUCCAAAUUCUUUCUGGCCUACCUUCUGAAUAUCUCUCUGUUAGCACUUCAAUCUCUACUAGGAUUCCACUUCCUACUUUUCUUGAGGCUAGAUCUCUUCUGUUCCUUUAUGAAACUCAAUUGAAUGGCUUUUCUUCUACCGCAUCAGAAUCUUCCACUGCUUUAGUAGCUAAACAAAAUUCAUCUUCUCAAGGACAUGGACGUGGAAGAAAUUUCUAA